GCGGGAGCCCGAGCGCGGCGGGCGCGGCGGCCGGGACGAGGGGCGCGGGCUGGCGAAGAUGGCGAACGUGGGGCUGCAGUUCCAGGCCAGCGCCGGGGACGCGGACCCGCAGAGCCGGCCGCUGCUGCUGCUGGGCCAGCUGCACCACCUGCACCGCGUGCCCUGGAGCCACGUCCGCGGGAAGCUGCAGCCCCGGGUCACCGAGGAGCUCUGGCAGGCCGCGCUAAGCACGCUCAACCCCAACCCCACGGACAGCUGUCCCCUCUACCUGAACUAUGCCACCGUGGCCGCCCUGCCCUCCAGGGUGAGCCGCCACAACAGCCCCUCGGCCGCCCACUUCAUCACCCGCCUGGUGCGGACCUGCCUGCCACCGGGGACACAUCGGUGCAUUCUGAUGGUCUGUGAGCGGUCUGAUGCCUUCGCCUCCGCCUGCGCUCUGGCCCGCGCUUUCCCCCUCUUCACCCACCGCUCAGGGGCAUCUCGGCGCCCAGAGAAGAAGACCGUCACGGUGGAGUUUUUCCUGGUUGGACAAGACAACGGGCCAGUGGAAGUGUCCACUUUGCAAUGUUUAACGAGUGCCACGGAAGGUGUGCGGCUGGCAGCCCGAAUCGUGGACACACCCUGCAAUGAGAUGAACACAGACACCUUCCUUGAGGAGAUUAAGAAAGUUGGAAAAGAACUGGGGAUUGUCCCAACCGUUAUCCGGGAUGAGGAGCUGAAGGCGAGAGGAUUUGGAGGAAUCUACGGUGUUGGCAAAGCCGCCAUCCAUCCUCCGGCCCUGGCCAUCCUCAGCCACACCCCAGAUGGAGCCACCCAGACCAUCGCUUGGGUGGGCAAGGGCAUCGUCUACGAUACUGGGGGUCUCAGCAUGAAGGGGAAGACCACCAUGCCAGGGAUGAAGAGGGACUGCGGGGGCGCCGCGGCUGUCCUGGGGGCCUUCAGAGCCGCCAUCAAGCAGGGUUUCAAAGACACCCUCCACGCGAUAUUCUGCUUGGCCGAGAACUCCGUGGGCCCCAAUGCCACGAGGCCGGAUGACAUCCACCUGCUGUAUUCUGGAAAGACUGUGGAAAUCAACAAUACGGAUGCUGAGGGCAGGCUGGUACUGGCAGACGGCGUGUCCUACGCCUGCAAGGACCUGGGUGCCGACAUCAUCCUGGACAUAGCCACGCUGACUGGAGCUCAGGGCAUUGCCACAGGCAAGUACCACGCAGCUGUGCUCACCAACAGCGCCAAGUGGGAGGCAGCCUGCGUGAAGGCCGGGCGACAGUGCGGGGACCUGGUGCACCCGCUGGUCUACUGCCCGGAGCUGCACUUCAGCGAGUUCACCUCGGCUGUGGCCGACAUGAAGAACUCAGUGGCGGACCGGGACAACAGCCCCAGCUCCUGUGCUGGCCUCUUCAUCGCCUCACACAUCGGCUUUGACUGGCCUGGGGUCUGGGUCCACCUGGAUAUUGCCGCGCCUGUGCACGCCGGCGAGCGUGCCACGGGCUUCGGUGUGGCCCUUCUGCUAGCACUCUUCGGCCAGGCCUCUGAGGACCCUCUGCUGAACCUGGUGUCCCCACUUGGCUGCGAGGUGGACGCCCAGGAGGGGGAUGCGGAGAGGGACUCCAAGAGGCGCAGGCUUGUGUGACGCAGCCGCCCUGCCCAGUGAUACUGGGCGCUUUACCUCACUUUGCACUGAUUAAUUCUAAGCAAUUGGAAGAUUAUACCUUGAGAUGAACUGCGGUUUGUUUUGUUUUUAGUUGUCAUGGUGACGGAAACAGCUCCUUUUUGUGUCUUAGGAGACAGCUCAGGGUUUGGGGGGCCCAGGGAGGGGUGAGUGGGCAGCACUGGGUUUGUUUUAUGUUUGAUUCCCCGCCAGCUUCUGCAGACCAUGCCCCUCCCUGGGGCCCCCCCUGCACGACCCCCGGGCUCCGGGACGCAUGCGCGGCCCUCAAGACACCCGCCCCUGCCUGGGCCCAUGGUGGGUGCCAGUGGCCCCAUCUGCAGCCCCAGGCCCCACACAUGGCACCCGCAUUGCAGAGCACCCAGGUCCCACUCCAGCUGGGACAGUCCCUGCCUCCAACAGACCACCCCUUUGAAAGGAUGGGGCGACUUGGUUCAGGUUUUAUGGAGCAAGAGGAAUGUCUACUCGGGCCCCUCUGAGUUCACUGCAAGUUGAAUUAAACAUGGCUAAACCACAUCA